CGUCAGCAGAGGGAGGUGUGCACUGAGCAGUGAUCAUCUGAAGGAGUGAGGUGACUCUUACAUUGUUUAAAAGGAUUUCUUCCCAGCACAGCUCUCUGUAUUGCAGCUGUCCAGCAGGAUCUUCAGGACCUUAAUCUCUGUAACACCACUGACACGCUGUCUGCAGGUAGUGAAGCUUUGCAAGACAUGCCUUUCAUGGAAUUCCUAGCCGGGAGCAUUUCCGGUGCACUGGGACUGGCAGUUGGCCAUCCACUAGACACUGUGAAGGUGCGCCUGCAGGCCCAGUCAAUCUAUAAAGGGAUAUUUCACUGUAUGUCUAAAACAUACUCCAAUGAAGGGCUCCGGGGAUUCUUCAAGGGUAUGUCAUUUCCAGUUCUGACCAUGGGCAUCACCAACUCUGUUGUCUUUGGCUCUUACAGUAAUGCCUUAGCUUACCUCACUCAAGGCAAACCGGCCUCUGCUGCUCAGGUCUUCACCGCCGGCUGUUUCUCAGGCAUGAUGCAGGUGUGUGUAAACGCACCCAUCGACCUGGUGAAGGUGCGUCUGCAGGGUCAAACAACAGUUGGCCGAUACCGUGGACCUGUUCAUUGUGUCGCCGUCAUCCUUAAGGAAGAUGGACCCAAAGGUCUGUUCAGGGGAGGGCUGGCCAUCGCCCUGAGGGACAUACCCUGCUACGGACUCUACUUUUUGCCCUACGAAGUCACUCGAAAGGCUCUGACCACGAGUGGCAAAGAGCCAGGUACUUUUGCAAUAUUGAUGGCCGGUGGCAUUGCUGGCGUGAUGACCUGGGCCUGUGCCACGCCCAUGGACGUGGUCAAAGCCCGGCUCCAGAUGUCAGGGGCCGGCGGCAGGCAGUACAGAGGGGUCCUCCACUGCAUGAGCGUGAGCUUCAGAGAGGAGGGAUUGAGGGUCUUUUUCAAAGGCCUUCUACUGAACAGCCUGAGGGCUUUCCCCGUCAACGCUGUCACGUUCCUCAGCUACGAGAGUCUGAUGAGGAUGUUCUGUCCACCGACGGGAUGACCGUGCCGUUGAAAAUCGAAAAAAGAUCUUCCCAUGGCGUGGAGAUGUUAAUAUACAGCUACAAUUCUCAGGGUUAUUUAACAAUAUCAGUUAAAAGACCAUUUAGUAUUGAAUCAGUGUAAGAAUGUCUAAAUGGGUCAACUCUUAAGAAGCUAGUGUCAGAAACCUGAACGUACCUCGAUCCCUGGGACUUUAUCUUCCGGUUAAGCUGCUCCUGUUUAUGGACAUCAAAUCCACUGUACUUGACAAAAUAUGAAGUUAUCGCCUUGUUUUUCACCAUAUGUUUUUUUUUUCUUUUUUCAAAGCAUUGUAUUCCUCUCAA